GCAAUUCACUCCUUGGUGUGAUCUUUCUCUGCGCACGCCUUGCCGACGCGCACCCAUAUAUAAAGCCCAUCCGCUCCCCACCCAGCGCGCUCCUCGCCCAGCCCGCGUCCCACCAUACGUAUAACAGCUCUGUCAGCACCUACGAGCCUCGUCAGUUGUAUAAGAUCGAGCUUCCACAUUCUCCGCACAUCGCAGAUAGUCCGUUGACACCACGGCCAUCCUCACUUGAGCGCCACCAUGGCUGUGAAGCGUCGCCGCCAGUCCAACGCGUCCGGAUCGCCUCCAACUCGCAGUCCGACCGAUUCCGGCCAAGGGACGCAGCCGAUGGCAGGCAAUGUAGUCGAUCCUGGAAAUAGUACCCAGUCUCGUCCUGCCUCUCAAGACCAAGAGCAGGGCAACCCUGCAGCAACCAACAUCACCGCCCCUCUCUUCACCGAAGACGAGACUGCUCCAACAGGGAAUGGAACUGAGCAGCCGCGCCAGUCGAACGAUGCUUCUGACGGCGAUGACCAAGCUGCCACUGCUAAAGCGCUCAUGGGUUUGUUCGAGGAGAUCGUCAAGACCCAACUGGGGCUACGCUUCUCGCAAGCUUCUGGCCGGUCUGACCCGCAGAUCUUGGACCAGGUUAAGGCCGACGUCAAGCGAGUGAUCGGGCUGGACGACGACACCAUCAGCAAGGAGGUGAACCGUUAUUACAAGCAGCGCGCUGAAAACUCCGGCACUACUUCUGGCAACGAUCUCGGCGGCUCCGCCGAUCAAGAUAGCGAUGAUGGCUCUGAGCCCUUGUCACCUCCCCCAGCUGAGAUCCGGCACCCUGACGACCCGGGCGAGCAAGAGGUCAAAGACGAGAAGAAGCGGAAUCUGGCAUCAGAUCGCCUGGCCAAGUAUCUCAACCACGUCAACGGCAAUGACCUCUUUUUGCCCCAGGAUUUCUUGGAGCUCCAGACAUUUUCAGCAAACGAGCUGAUCCGACUUCUGGAGUCUCAGGACUUCGAAUACAACCCAGACGUGGUGCGCCAAAUCAUGCGGGACCCGAGCGGCGACAGGCACGAGGAAGAGCCACGCCUUGUCCUACGAUAUCUGGCACAUCGACACACUAUACCUCCUCCUUCGCCUCAUCCGACGCGCCAGUCGCCACGCGAUCAUGAGCAUUUCAAGGAGAUCGACGGCAAGUGGUACGUGAUCUUCGAGAAAGAGGUGAUCGGUUCCGACGGCAAGAAGCGCAUCUACCGGCAAGUAGACGAGCUGCCCAUCUUCAAUCCAGAUGCCCCAGCCAUCAAGAUCCCCGACAACGAGAAGGACUCUGAGAUCGACCAUCCCGGAAAGCUCCCCACCUUCAACAAGUACGAUGACGGCCUGUGGGAGCUCAAAGAAGAGACCGAAGCCUGCGGCAAGUGGCGUCGAAUCUACGACGACCAAUCGAAGCACAAGCACCGGCAGAACACAAAGGCAGAGCCCCUGUUCGUUGCCCGCAAGUUCCACCGUCAGACGAAGGCGUACUUGGACCAGUACAAGCUCGGCCAAUCCUGGGAUGACUGGUCGCGAAAUGCUGGCAAGUUCGACAUCAACGACGUCCAGCUGUGUCGGGACUACAACCGAUGGAUCCAGCAGGUCAUGGACCGCGCUGAUUAUCGGUACAAGAAGCGCCGAGUUCGCCCUUGCUGGAGCCGAGAGGAGAUCACUGCGCUUCGGCGCCACUUCAACGACCUCAUCAAUAGCUCUGGCGUGGUCAUCGCGCACCUGUUCCCCAACUGGAAAGAGGCCAUCCGCAAGGUUAACGAAGCUCUGCUUGCUAGGUACCCAGACGCAGAGCCGCGCAACGAGAAUAGUGUGUCUUCCAUGGCCGAGCGCGACAGCUAUGCGAAUGACCAACCAUCCCUGGGGACCCACGAGUGGCGGGAGCUUGGCAAGCUGCUGCACCUGCUGAAGCAGAAGAACCCCACCCUGGACUUUCCUAGGAACGUUCUCUUUCCAGGCCGGGAUCCGAUACCCAUGGACGAUAUCACUGCCAUGCAGGCUGGCGGCCAUUCGAAUCCGUCGAAGAAGGCGCCCGGAAAGAUCAAGCGCAGCGAGAAGCGCAUCCCGAAGCUGAUGGUGAAGCUGGAGGACGGCAAGAUCAUCGUCACCGAUAGGUUCGGUGGUAAGGUCGUCAAGAAGUUUGGGCUCAUGGACCAUGUUCCUGACCACGUUCAAGACGACGCCGCUGGUGAGCAGGAUCAAGCUGGCGAAGAGCAAGACGAUGGCGAGCCGGACGAAGAAGAUGGUGGCCAGGAAGAAGGAGAGGACGAGGGCCGCCAGCGCAAGAAGCGUCGGACUGACAACGGCCAGUAGGGUUUCGAUCAGUAGAAUGUCUCAGUCGGGGGAUGAAGCUGGACUGAGGUUGACAGAGCCGCCGCGUCUUCUUGGAGGAAUUUGAAAUCGGGAUGGAUGCGGAGGUUUUUGGAAGAACGGGUUACUCGGCUUUCGCUAU